GCGGAAGAAUACUACUUGAGCCAUCGUCUGUUUCAUUCCAAUUGUUUCUGCGGUCACGUAUCAGGCCGGUUAUCAACAUGGGGUUCGGCGAAUAUCCAGCAGAGUAUAAUCCCAAAAUUCAUGGCCCAUAUGAUCCAGCCAGAUAUUAUGGCAAAGCUGAUAUUCCUUUUGGAGAAGUGAAACUUGGUGAACUUCCUGGAUGGCUCACCAGACGUAGCAUUGGAGGCAUCCCUGUGCAGUUGUUUCCAGGGCUUCUGGAGGUGGCAGCAUAA